AUGAGGCGAGAACCGGGUGACGGUGACGACAAGCCCAAGGCGAAGUCGAAACCCAAGGAGAAACCAUCCCUCAAGUCCCAGUUGUCCGGCAAUUUCCUCCGGAGCAUUACGGAGCUCGUGAUCCGGCACAAGGGGGAUGAACCCAGCCAAGCCUCCACUUCAGGCUCGGCAGCAGGUUCGGAAGAGCAGGUCGGAGGCGAGAGCGGGGAGGGAGAAGCAAAAGAGCAGCAGCAGGAGCAGCCGCAGGAGAAGCCGCAGAGGGAGAUGACCGAGGAGGAGCAGAAGCGCGAGAGGCGGAAGCAGGCAGCUGAACGGAUUAUGAACAGACUAACUGCUGGUGGGGGCCGGAGGCACCCCCCACAUGCUAGGCGAGCUCCAAGCGAGCGUGGGAAGAGAGGAGGUGUUGAGAGCGGUGCAGAUGGCGGGAAAGGUGUUGGUGGUGGUGGGGAUGGUACCAGUGCCGGUGGAAAGUGUGUUGAAAGUGUAGAAGGUCCGUCUGCUGGCUCGGAUGCCGCUGCUGCUACCGGUGGUUCUGAGAAUGUGAGUGGCGUUGCUGAUUGUGCUGCGGAUGUCUGUGUGGGAGGAAAUGCGAUAGGCAGCAGCAGCAGCAAUGCAGCUCAAGACGAUCAGCACCCAGAGCAGGCUCAGGAGCAGCAGCAGCAGGCUCAGGCCCAGCAACUUGAUCCCGCCUCCUCCGACGCAGCUCCAGCCGCUCACCCGCGCACGGAGCCCCCGUCCCCGUCCCCCGCGUCCUCCGCUUUCACCCCCGUCUUUGCCCGCUGCCCUGCCAAGAUCUGGAGCAACCCGGACGAGGAGGACAGCGCUGGGGAGCAGAGCGACGGCGGAGGGGGAGAAGGUGAGGGGAGCGUCGGGGGAACCACAGGCGGAGGAGGAAGCGGAGGAGGAGGAGGAGGCGGAGGCAGUGGGAAUGGGGAGGAGGGAAUCAGGGGUACGGGUGAUACGUUGACGGAUGGCGAGGGGGGAGCGGGAGAGGAGGAGGAGGAGGAGGACGAGCAGCCGACAGGGUUCCCGAAGCUGCUUCCGGGGAAGGCGGACGUGCUGGUUCUGACAGACGAGGGGGAUGCGCUGCAUGGGGAGAUAGACACUGGCGAGCACCAAGGCACGAACCCGCUGGAUAUGACCAAGUUUAAGCGGCUUCUGUCGCAGGUGUAUGGGCUGGAUGAGGCGGAUUUUCGGCCAAAGAACUGGGGGAAGGUGCUGGAAAAUGAGGGGGGGUUUGGGGGUAGUGGGGAGGAUGAGGAUGAGGAUGAUGAGGAUUUGAAUAGGAGGGAUCCGAGGUUGGAGGAUCCGCAGUUGCAGGAGAUUUUGACUCAAGAGCUGAUGAAGUUUCUGCGGAGGAAUAUGCAUGGAGGGAAGGAGGAGCAGGAGGAGGAGGACGGGGAGGAGGAGGAGGAUUUGAGUCCAAAAGGGGAUGAUAGUGAGAGCAGCGGGUUUCACAAGGGACGGAGGCGAGAGCGGGACAGCAGUGAUAGUGAGGAUGACGAUGAUGAGGAUGAUGAUGAUGAGACGGUUGAUAACGGUUGGGGGGAUGAUGCAUUGGGACUGGCUUCACCAGCGAGGGAUGAUGAUGAUGACGAUGAUGGGUUUGAUGAUGAUCGAUCGAAUAGUCGUCAUUCAAGAACGAGGCAUGGGUCUGAUAGUGAGCAGGAAGGGGAAGAGGAGGAGGAUGAAGAAGAAGGAGGAGGAGGAGGAGGAGGGAGGGGCCAGAUGAGGCGAGACGGGGUUUCCCGCAGGGAUUUGAGGAGUGGUGAGAGGCGAAGAGAGGGGAGAGGGGGAGAGCCGAGGAAGAGGGAGCAGAGGAGGAGUGAGCGGAGGAGGAGUAGGAGUGUUUCUGAUAGUAGGAGCAGGAGCAGGAGCAGGAGCAGGGGGUCAUUGGAGUCUGAUCAUGGGGGUGGAGGGAGAGGGAGGAGAGGGGGGAGGCGAAGAGGUAGAGCGGACGACUCUUGGAAAGAAAAGAACGGAGAUGAGGAUGAGGAAGAGGCUGGGGAGGAGGAAGAGGAGGAAGAGUUGAGGGGAAACCGGAGCAUGCGUGGGAGGAAGGGGGAUAGAAUAGGGGUAAUAGGGGAGGGGUCGGAUGAGGAUGAGAGGGGCAGGUGGGGCAGGAGGAGUCGGGGAGCUGACCUGGGUGAUGAGAGCGGGAGGGAGGAUUAUAGCGAGGACGAGGAUGCUUAUAGCGAGGACGGAAGGGAAGAGCUUAGCGAGGAUGGGAGGCGGGAAAGUGAUUACGAGGGAAGUAGAAACGAUGGGGUGAGAAGGCCGAGGAAGUUGGAGGGUGUUGGGGAAAGAGAUGAGGGGGCUAGCAGGCAUAGCAGGAGGCACAGGCAUGGGAGCGGGAGUGGUAGUGAUCGUGAUGGAGAGCGUUACAGUGACAUGGACAGUGAUGGGCAUGUGAGUAGUGACCAUGAGGAAGACCAGGGUAGAGCGAGGGAGAGGGAGAAGGGUAGGGAUAAGGGGGAGAAGAAGGUUAGAGAUAGGGGAC